AUGGCCCCUCACGCUGAGGAGUCCGUCGGUUUUGCGAACGGUGGAAGUGGGACAGCGGCUACCCCAGCCAAGGAUCUCUUCGUCGUCGACUCGCCCAACGUGGAAUACACCAACGAGUCCAUCAAGUCCAAGUACACUUACCGUACUACGGCUGUUUCCAAGAACGCCGACGGUAAGUAUGUGGCCGUCCCCAAGGAGACUGUUUACGACUUCAAAGUCGACCGCAAGAUUCCCAAGCUCGGUGUCAUGCUCAUCGGUCUCGGUGGCAACAACGGUACCACUGUGACUGCUGGUAUUCUUGCUAAUCGCCGCGGUCUCGAGUGGGAGACCAAGGAAGGAAAGCGCGGUGCUAACUACUAUGGCUCUGUCAUCAUGGGAUCCACGACCAAGCUCGGCGUCGACAGCAAGACGGGUGAGGACGUCAACAUCCCGUUCCAUGACCUGAUGCCUAUGGUUCAUCCCAACGACCUCGUUAUCGGUGGUUGGGAUAUCAGCGGUCUGAACUUGGCCGAAGCCAUGGAUCGUGCUAAGGUGCUUGAGCCGACUCUGAAGUCUCUAGUUCGCAAGGAGAUGUCUCAGAUCAAGCCUCUCCCUAGCAUCUACUACCCUGACUUCAUUGCUGCCAACCAGGAGGAUCGCGCUGACAACCUCGUCCCCGGUUCCAAGGCAUCCAUGGCUCAUGUUGAGCAGAUUCGCAAGGACAUCCGCGAGUUCAAGGAAGCCAAUGGUCUCGACAAGGUUAUCGUUCAGUGGACUGCCAACACGGAGCGCUUUGCCGAGAUUCAGCCUGGCGUCAACGACACUGCCGACAACCUCCUGAAGGCUAUCGAGAAUGGCCACGAGGAAGUCUCCCCAUCGACCGUAUUCGCCGUUGCCUGUAUUUUGGACAAGGUGCCUUUCAUCAACGGUUCUCCUCAGAACACCUUCGUCCCUGGCGCUAUCCAGCUCGCGGAGAAGCACAAUGCUUUCAUUGGUGGUGACGAUUUCAAAUCUGGCCAGACCAAGAUGAAGUCUGCACUCGUGGACUUUCUGAUCAGCGCGGGUAUCAAGCUCACCUCUGUUGCCAGCUACAACCACCUGGGCAAUAAUGAUGGCAAGAACCUCAGCUCCCAGAAGCAGUUCCGCUCUAAGGAGAUCUCCAAGUCUAACGUUAUCGAUGACAUGGUCGCUGCCAACUCAGUCUUGUACAAGGAAGGCGAGCACCCGGACCACACCGUUGUGAUCAAGUACAUGCCCGCUGUUGGCGAUGACAAGCGUGCUCUCGACGAGUACUACGCCGAGAUCUUCCUGGGUGGACACCAGACCAUCAGCAUCUUCAACGUCUGCGAGGAUUCGCUCCUGGCCUCUCCUUUGAUCAUCGACUUGGUCCUGGUUGCAGAGAUGAUGACCCGCAUCCAGUGGAAGGCUCAUAGUGCCGACACCGCCGAUGCGAACUACGCCGGGUUCCACAGCGUUCUCAGCAUCCUAAGCUACAUGCUCAAGGCUCCCCUGACGCCUACUGGCACACCUGUCAUCAACGCACUCGCCAAGCAGCGUGCUGCCAUGACGAACAUCUUCAGGGCGUGUCUCGCCCUGGAGCCGGAGAGCGAUAUGACUCUUGAGCACAAGCUUUUCUAG